AUGGCCGACCUACAGAUCGUUUUUCGCAAUGGCCAGAAAUUUCUUGAAAAUCGACGCACUAUUCUGCUAGGAAUCAGCCCUGGGAAUCCACAUUACUACAAAAAGGAGAACUUACAGAAGCUGUUCUCCUUGGUAAAAGACAAAUCAGAUAAGGUGCUGUUAUUCCUUCCCGAUAAACUCACUGAACAUAAUUUCAAAGCAGUUGGUUCAACAAACCCAGAGAAAUCUGCUCGAGCCAAUGUUAACAGGCUACGAAACAAAUGCAAAGAUGUCAUGAAGCAAAUCGGUUGUGAUGAGGAAAAGUUCAGUUUUGUCAAGUGGGUUGAAGACGUGGAGCCUUGUCCUGCCUACACCGAAGCUUUUCAGUCCAUCAGGGAUCUUUACCAAGAAAACGAGAAGUUUCGCUUCGAUAUACAAGAAAUGACACAGUCUGCCCUGACAUCGAUUCAAAAAAACCGUGAAAAGGUACCCGACGCACCAGCACUGCCUGAUGAUACCUCAGUCAUAGAUAUAGAAGAAGGGGCCAUAUUCCUGCAGAAGGAGAUAGCAUUUUUUAUGACACUGCCCAGAAUUUACGCGAACUGUGAGGAAUUCGUCUUCGUGUAUCAUCUCCCUUGCCCAGUUUUAGAGAAGUAUUGUUGUGGGGUUUAUGAUGGUAUUGUAAAACCUUUUAUUGGAAUUGUUGUUGUGCAUUAAACUAGUGCCGGGC